AUGCAAGUUGUCCAAGGUCUUCCGCAGCGCAGAGAGGGCGCGGAAGGACGAGGCGGACGGAAGAAGAGCCUCGCGGGAGCGGCGGGCGGCUCGGAUGAGGCGACAACUGUCCAGCUGCCGCCGACCAAGCGCGGCGUCAAGAAGGCCGGCGGCCUCUCGUCGCUGUUGCUUCUGCACCAGCACGAAGCGUUCGCCGAGAUGAACGGCGACCCGGGAGCCCAGGAGACUGUCGCCAGGUUUGCAGAGACGGAGGAAAACCGAGACGGUGAGCGCGCCGCAAACACAGCGCACGGGGCGAAGCCUGGCGCUCUAUCAGACAACGACGCGGAACGAGCCCAAACAGGAGGCGCAGGCCCCUCUGCCGAGCGCGCAGCUGAAGAAGACGACGACAAGCUGCAGGUUUUGCCGACUCCACGCGUUGCAGAAGAGGAAGCAGCAGGCGAGCGCGGGAACCCAGCCUCCCUCGAAGAUGCUGCAGCGCCGGGUGCGUUCCCCGACUUGAGCGACGAGCGAGGUGAGAGCGCGGAGGCAGAGACAGGCAAUUCUCAGAAGCGGAGGAAGACCGCGAACGGUGUGUGUCGGGCGUCGCCACCCGCGGCACAGCAGGAGGCGCCUGCCGAACGUCAGGACACUCUCUCCUGCGACGCAGAGACACAGCAUGCGCCGCCCGCCCCCCCCAGUCCGACGGCGUCUGUCGCUCUCUCGCCUUCGCCGAUGCUUCCCUCGCAACCUGCGGCGUCCCCGCCGCCGCUGUCGCCUCUGCAGAUCGCGUCACCGUCGCAUACAGGCCCAAGCGCCUCUGCGUCGUCUCCGGACUCGCAAGUCUCGCCCUCGCAAGCGCCGCGUGAGGCGUCUGCGCAGGGCGACGCGCGCCGAGGCGCCUCGCCCGGGCCCGAGGUGGACGCAGAGGCGCCCUUCUUCGGCGAGUCCUUCUCGCAGUCCUGGUCCAAGACGCGGCUGGUGUUCGCGCUGCCGCGGCGCCCGCCCGUGCGGCCUUCUCCGCCGCCGUCGGUCGCGUGCCUGAUGAGCGAGACGCAGGCGAGCGCGCUGCUCGCCUCGCCGGCGUUCUGGGCGGACUUUCAGCAGCAUGUUGCGAGGCUCUGCGCGCCCGACAACCCCGCCGACGGGCCUCCGCGGGCUCGCGGGCACAGCGAGCUCGAGACCGCGGCAGACCCUCACGGAGUCGCAAGGCCCGAGAAGAAAGGCGAGGGAGCAGACGAAGGCGACGAACGCACCAACGUUCGACGCCACAGUGGAAACAGCCGCGAAGGCGACGCGGCGACAGCGCCUGGCACAGUCGACAAGGACGGCGAGAAGGUCAACGGAGACGUCGCCGCCAGACGGCCGCUUCUGGAGGCUGCGAAGGGGCCGACUGGGGAGGAAGGGCGAGAGAACGGGGGGACGGGGGUCCAGGGGGACGAGCCGCAGGCGCGAGGCCUCUCUCCGCGGUCCUUCUCCGUCUCGUCCGUGUCCGCCUCGCCGCUGUCUUCGCGGUGCGUUUUCUCGCCGUUGCCCGCGGCCUCCUCCCUGGACAUUGCCUCCAGCGCGGAGACCGAGAAGCCGUUCAGCCACACGCAGGCGAGGGAGAGUCAGCUGGCGGACGCACACAUCGAGUCGCUGCCCCCUCGCAUGCGUUCUGAGAAACCCGUCCGAGCCGCGGACGAGUCGGCCUGCGCGUUCCGCGGGCGCGCCUUGCACGAGCUCGCCGUAGGCGCUCUGAAGGCCGUCUGCAGCGCCUUCGCGCAGGGCACCGGAGGCCUCGUUCGCGAGAGUCUCGCUGCGGAGUUGGCGCCUCUUGCCCGUGCCUCGAGCGCCUCAGGCGCCGCGUCUUCUCCGAAGACGGCGUCGGCGUCCUGCGGCACUUCGCAGCGCCGGCGGGAGGCGGAGUUGCGCGACGCCGCGGAAGCCGCUCAGGCCCAGCGUCAGAGCCUCGCCAGCCACCUGCGCCUGCUCGCGCUCGAGUUCCGCGCCCAGGAGCGCGACGCAGCCGAGUCGAGACGCCGUCCCCUGGAUGCGGAGGCGGGCGAGGACGCGCCGCGCGCACACACAGAGAACCAACAGACUCGGGAGAAUCCGAGCGGCGAAGCGGAGGGCGGAAGCAGCGAGGAGACAGAAGGAGACACCCAGACGUCGCCAAGGGCGGGCGGUGGGCCGCUCCCUCCAGCCGGACUCCGAAGCCGCUGCAGCCUCGGCGAGGCGGCUUCAGAGCGGCCGCCGUCGGAGGCCGUCGGCGGCCGCUCUCUGCCAGAAGGGAGCGCGCCGCCGUCCGUGAGCGACAGGCGAGGUGACCACGACGGGGUGAGGCGCGUCGCGCGCGUCGAGUCCUUCAGUCGGCCGCUGCAGUCGUCGUUUGUGUCGCAGGUGGCGUCUGUGUCUCCUCCGGCGGCUCCGCAGGGGUCGUCCGCGCCGACUCUCUCCCCUGGCGACGCGGACGUGCCGGGGCCCGCGGCGUCUCUGCGUAGCGCGAGCAGCGAGGCUCGCAGCAGCCCGUGGAGAGCGCGCGAUGACGCAGAGACUUGUGAGGCGCCCGCGAGCGGAGGCCCGCGGCCGCGCCGGGCGCCGACCUCGAAUCUGUGGUGUCGGUCCUACGUCGGUCGCCGCGCCGGGCUGUACGAAGUGUCGCUCGCCGCGGAGGGCGAGACAGCCUACCGCGGCUUUCCGCUGUGGAAGGUGCUAGCAUGCGAACUGGGAAAGAUCUCCUUCGCCGCGUCCCCGCGCGGCGGCGGGUCUGGGUCGCCCCGCGCGUGCGACGGCCGCGAGGCCCUCCGGGGUUCCACUGCUCUCGUGCAAAACACAGUGAAGCUGCUGGAGAUCGCCGUCGCCCGCUCCGACGCGUUUCGCCUCUACGCCACUGCGUCGUCGGGCGCGCCAGCCUGCAAUUCGCAGAGCUCUGGCGCGCGACAGCGCGAGAGGGACGCGGCUUCGCGCUCGGGGGGGCGACCCCGAGACGGGCGAGGCGGCGCAGUCUCCGCCAGGAAGAAGCGGAAAGGGCAACGCGACCCGCGCCAAGAGGCCGCCGCGCACUCAGCCGGGCUCGACGAAGACGCCGAGACGGAGGCCGAUGAGGAGGCGACCGGUUGGAGUGCCUCGGCGUCGGCCGAGUCAGAGGGGGAAUGCGAAAGCCGCAGCAACGACGGAAAUGCCCCUCCGCGGAGCGCCACGUUUUUUCUUCCGUCUCCUCCUUUUCUUCGCGCGUCCCUUUUUGCGCUCCUGCAACCUUUUCUCUCGCCUCUCGCUGCGCACGAGACCCCGUCCUCUCUCGCGGACUUCUUCGCAGCGCUCCGCGCGUGGCUCCGCGCGACUGCGGCUGCGCCGGCCUUCGCGGGCGACGCGGGCCUUGCUGCGAAGCGCGAGCUCGUGGAGACGCCAGAGGGUCUGAAGCUCAGCGACGCGCAGAUGGCGACGGCGGUCGACGUGAACGGCGUGGAGGACGUGACGAAGCGGGAGGACGGCGGGGAGGCGGAAAAGACGCUGGAACUCUGGAUGUCUCGCCGCGAGGCGGAGCGAACGGCAUGCCAGCUGGAACGCGCACGUGUGCAGCUGCUCGAGGACGUGCGCUCCUGCGCCGCCAUCUUGGCUCGCGUGCAGGAAGGCGUCCUCGAUGUGAAUGCGCUUUGCCAAGGCGUCGAGGAGAGAGCAGACGACCUCGAGGGCAGCGCGGACGGGCGUCAAGAAGCGGAGACAGAGAGCUCGAGUCGGCCUGCACACAGGCGAGCCGAAGUGGAGUCGACAGGCCGCGCAAACGGCGCGGCGCUGCGCCGCGAGCCGCGCCACAGAGCCAAGAGGUGGGGCUGCGCCGAAACCCGACUUGAGACGCAAUCCGAAGACGAGGAUCCCAGGGCGGGGCGAGCGGCAGGCGCCGAAUUGGCGGCUAAGAAGCUCCGCUCGCGCGCAACGGCAGCCGUGGCGAGCGGCAGGGGAAAGGGCGCAGAGCGAGGCGGCGGCCGCCUUCCCAGACCCGAGUCGCUGCCACGCCCACGGCAGAAUCCGCCUGUGACCAAGGAGCAGGCCUCGCCGAUAGCGGAGGCGAAUGUCUCGCAGGACGAAGCGUUGACGCUCGAAGCUGGGGAGCCGGCGCCCGCAGGGGCCGAUGCAUCCUCGCCCCACAGUUUCUCGCAGCAUGCCAGCGCAAACAUCAAUCACGCUUUUCUGCUUGUGGCACGGGACUUGCUUCUGACUGAAGCUCUGCUGCGGCUCUCGGUGUUCGCGCAGAGCCCCGCAGACUGUCCCCCAGAAGGCGAGUUGGUGUUAAAGCAGAUUGAACGGACUGUGGAGGCGGGCGACGGAGACGAUGCGCUUCUCUCUGUUCUGCAGUUCUGCCGAGACCUCGAAGAGCACCGCCUCGCGACGGAGUUCCUCCAGCAGAAGCGCGCCUCGCCGAGGCCCUCGCAGAGCUCCGCAGACGGUCAGGCAGCCAAGGCCGAGGGCGCGCGCGGGAGGGAGAAGGACGACAAGCUGGCGGGCAUGAAGGACUGCGCGUCACAGCACGACGACGAAGAAGAGCAAGACGGCAGCGGCCUCGAAGAGGGCGAGACAGAGAGAGCGGCGCACGAGGCAACAAGCCACGAUGCGCAGGCGGAGGAGGGCCGCCUCGUUCUGGGUGGUGUCGCGGGCGCCGCGGGUGACCGCCAAGGCGAGAGCGACGAGCAGAGCAUGCAUCAGGGGGGGGCGCGUGGUUCGGGCGCGAACGCCGGCAGGCUGGAAACGCAUGCAGCCAAGCACGAAGAGGACUCGAUGGAGUCAGGCCGAUCCCGCCGGCGCAGGGCGUCACUGUCGGUGCUGCUGGAUGACUCCCAAGCUCCCUCCUUCGCGCCGGAGAGCGUCUGGAGCUCGGGCUGUCGCGAGCCCGCACCGCGGGCCUCGCUCUCCCUCCGGUGCUCUCUCGAGCUUGACCGCUGGCGGCCCCAGGAGCCUGCGCAAGUCGCGCGGGAGCGUGGCAACGAGGGCAGCGCUGAGGCGCUCCGCGGCCUCUCCGAGGACGCGGCGGGAGGCCGGAGGCGAGGCGGGCGAGUGGGCGCGUCCAGCGACGCAGGGCGUUGCAACGGCGAUGACUCUCGGUCGGCUUUGGCGCUGUCGUUCUGCCGCCGCGACCGGCGCCCGCAGCGAGGCGACGCGCCCGGCCUGCGGCCCGUCGCGCUCCAACCCGUCUGGCUGGCGAGGUACUCUGCGCUGUUUCAGCGCCUCUUCUUUCAAGCGGCUCGCCACCUUGCGGGCUUCGUCGCCCUCGUCAACCAGGGCGGGCUGCCGGAGACGUAUCUGGCGAGCUGGUACGGGCACUGGGUUGGUCUUCGCAGCUACCACGAGAUGUUUGCGCAGCUCGCUCACGAGCGGCGCGCGCUGGAUGCGGCGCUCCAGCAGUUCGCGCAGGCACUUCCCGCCCAAGACGAAGCGGAGAUGACUGAAGAAGACGACGUGGGCGGCGUCACGCGCGAGGGCGCCAAGUCUCCGCAGGCGCUCGACUGCGAGGGCGCAACUGGCCGCCGGAGGACUCGAAGCCAAAUGCGCGACGAGGCGGCACGGAGCGAAGCUGCAAGGGGGAAAGAGAAAACCGGGCGGAAGGGGAGAGACGCCAGAAGCAAGGCCUCCGCGCGAGGCCGGAGCGACGAAGGCGCAGGCGACAAGCGGCGACGAAAUCGCAGAGGGACGCGGCUAAGCCCUGUGCGCCAGCAGGAGCGCCAAACGAGGCGGAAACGCGGCGAACCGGGGGCUCUGAAGCGAGAAGACGACGUGGAAGACGUGCCGACGCAGCCGCUGCGGCCGGUGAAGUGCUCGGUGUCGCCGUGGCUGGGCGGCAGGUGUUACCAGCAUCGCAGCGUCUCGCCUUCGCUGGGCUUGCGCCCGCCUUCUCCGUUCUGCGCCAGGUGUGUGAGCUGCGUGAGCGAAGGGAGUCUGCGCGAGGCCUCCGGCUUGGCUAGGGGGCGUCGCAGCGAGAGGGAGAUGUCGCACGCGCUUCGUGGCGCGGGGGGACCGGAGGGCGACGUGAAGAACGCGCGCUGGGUGCUGCUGGUGCCCAGCGAGGCGGACGGCCGGCGGCCCGCUGCUGCCGAGUCGCCCGCCUCGCUCGCGCCGCAGCUUCUGCGGAGCUCCGAGGGCGGUAUGGUCGCGGUGUGCAGCCACGGCGCGUUCCCUGGCGGGGAGGAGGCGAGUGCGCGUCUCGUGGAGCGCGACGACAAGGGCCGAGGUCGGCAUGUGGCGGAGUGCAAGUACGAGGUCGCCGCGGCGCCGUUCUUCGACGCUCCGCCGCUCCACGAUAUCCACGCGGCGCGAUGCGUCCACGCCGCCGCCCUCCACUCGAUCCCGAGGGAAAUGGCCAUCUACUCGAAAGACGAAAGACUCGACCCUGCGGCCGCAGGAUUUUUCAUCAAGAAAGAGAGAAGGUGUCGCUGGUCGGCGGAGGAGACCGAGGUUUUCGUGCAUGCAGUGAGUGAGCACGGCAUCGGGAACUGGAAGCAGAUCUCGCGGUUUUAUGGACACCGUCUCGGCGGCCGUACGAAUAUGCAAUUGAAAGACAAAUGGCUGAACCUUGUGAAGCACAACCACGUGCUCGAGGACCCCGAGACCGGCACGUGGGUGCUGAGGAGACUCACGUGA